GUGAAAGAGUUUUGGUGUAGUGUGCCUCAAGGACGCUGUCGAGGACAGAUAGCCUGUGUGGACUGCAGAUGAUAAAUCAUAUUUACCUGCAACAUCGGUUGUCUACUGCUUUGGAUGAGGAAAUGCAGCACCAGUCAUCAGCAUUUGAGGAAGUGUGUAUAUAAACUGAAUGCGGAGGGCACUGCAGUAGACCUAAACAACCAGCUCCUGUAACCAUCCCAACACCUGUGACGAUGAGACACGCCACUGUCCUCUACAUCUGCCUCAUGCUCAUCACGGCUCAGAACACAUUGGGUGAAUCUACAAGCACUGAUACCACAACAACUCCAAAAACGACCUACUCAAGCACUGAUACUACAACAACUCCAACAACGACCUACUCAAGGACUGAUACUACAACAACUCCAACAACGACCUACUCAAGCACUGAUACUACAACAACUCCAACAACGACCUACUCAAGGACUGAUACUCCAACAACUCAAAAAACGACCUACUCAAGCACUGAUACUACAACAACUCCAACAACGACCUACUCAAGGACUGAUACUCCAACAACUCCAACAACGACCUACUCAAGCACUGAUACUACAACAACUCCAACAACGACCUACUCAAGGACUGAUACUCCAACUCCAACAACGACCUACUCAAGCACUGAUACUACAACAACUCCAACAACGACCUACUCAAGCACUGAUACUACAACUCUAACAACGACCUACUCAAGCACUGAUACUACAACAACUCCAACAACGACCUACUCAAGCACUGAUACAACAACAACUCCAACAACGACCUACUCAAGCACUGAGACUACAACAACUCCAACAACGACCUACACAAGCACUGAUGCUACAACAACUCCAACAACGACCUACUCAAGCACUGAUGCUACAACAACUCCAACAACGACCUACUCAAGCACUGAUACUACAACAACUCCAACAACGACCUACUCAAGCACUGAUGUUACAACAACUCCAACAACGACCUACUCAAGCACUGAUACAACAACAACUCUAACAACGACCUACUCAAGCACUGAGACUACAACAACUCCAACAACGACCUACUCAAGCACUGAUACUACCACAACUCCAACAACGACCUACUCAAGCACUGAUACAACAACAACUCCAACAACGACCUACUCAAGCACUGAGACUACAACAACUCCAACAACGACCUACUCAAGCACUGAUACUACCACAACUCCAACAACGACCUACUCAAGCACUGAUACAACAACAACUCCAACAACGACCUACUCAAGCACUGAUACUACAACAACUCCAACAACAACCUACUCAAGCACUGAUACUACAACAACUCCAACAACGACCUACUCAAGCACUGAUACUACAACAACUCCAACAACGACCUACUCAAGCAGUGAUACUACAACAACUCCAACAACGACCUCUUCAAGCACUGGUACCACAACAACUCCAACAACGACCUACUCAAGCACUGAUACUACAACAACUCCAACAACGACCUUCUCAAGCACUGAUACUACAACAACUCCAACAACGACCUCUUCAAGCACUGGUACCACAACAACUCCAACAAUGACCUACUCAAGCACUGGUACCACAACAAUUCCAACAACGAACUCCUCAAGCACUGGUACCACAACAACUCCAACAACGACCAACUCAAUCAUUGAUACUUCAACAAUUCCAACAACAAACUCCUCAAGAAUUAAUACCACAAACACUUCAAUGUCGAACUACUCAAGCACUGGUACCACAACAACAUCCUACUCAAACCCAGCGCUGACUGCUACCCAAAGCACUGGCUCAGUUGCUUCAAACCAGUAUAUCCACUUCAGUCCUCUACUGAUCUCUCUGAUAAUUCUCGUAACUGUGGGACUUUAAUGCAAAAUGUGUGGUCCUCAGUCGCACGAAUCAUGAAUCAUUAUUAACUCUCAUUACUCUCUCCAAUUAUUUUGUAGUCUGCAGUCAGGGUCUUUCCAUGGAGGGUUCACGUCUAGAUAACUCAAAUUUUGUGUGAUUUAAUGCUGUAUAUUAUACUGAUCUGAACACGACCUUACUAACUGUUUGAUAGAUUUUGGGGUAAAACUGGUUUCCUUUUCUAAAUGCUUGUAAAUUUGUAUGUCAAAUAGGUGUCAAAGGGUAGAUGUUAAUGGAGUGUUCUCAGAUAAUUUGGAGUACCUCCAGGUAUCGUAUUGGGACCCUUGCUUUUUUAACCCUUGCUUUUUUAAAUGAUUUAAAAAUGGCCUGUUUAACCACCUUUCAUUAUCUGCUGAUGAUGCUACAAUAAUUGUUACUGAUGAGAACAAAUAAAUAAUAGAAAGCAAAUUAAGCAGAGAGAUUGCAGCAGUAUCCAACUGUUUUUUCCAAAUAAGCUGUUUUUACAUUUAGGGAAAACUAAAGCUAUUUUAUUCGGUUCUGCGGCUACCCCUACUCCUGGAUCCCCCUCGCUUACCCUACUCUAUGCUACCCCCUACUCCUGUGUCCCCCUGGCUUACCCUACUCCUUGCUACACUGUAAGAAAUGAUUCUGUGGUGAUGUAGAUUUGAAUUAAUGUUUUUGGUUAAAAUGUAUUCAAUAUAAUUGUGUUUUUGAUUUUGAGGCAAAUAUUUAAUUAAAUUUCAAAUAAAAA